GUUUCUGUCAUAAUUUCUUCCGUUUUGUUUUGAACUUCUCUUAAAUUUUGGGUUUUAACUAUUGAGGUGGUUCCGAGUUGUGAAUUGAAUUUAUUGAAUGCUUUUGUGCUGCCAAUGAACCAAAUUUGUGAAGCUGGCUUUUCGAGUUUGAAAAAGGGUAUAUUGAGCGUACCGACUACUAACUACAAAUUAAAACUGAAAUAACAUUAUUUAAGUUAAAAGCAAUAAUGGACACGAAAAUAAAAAAAUGUUGCCCAAAUUGCAGUCAAUUGUAUCAACUAAAACCUGCAAAUUCAAAAUCAAACCCCAAUAUUCCAUUGUUUCUUGAAUGUGGUCACUCCAUGUGUGAGAACUGUGUCAGGAACAUAGUGAAAUUUGGAGAACCCAUUGAAUGCAAAGUAUGCUUUCAAAACAUGCAAGUUAGCACUUCAGACACAGCUCUGCUGAUACAGAACAAGAUAUUACUUUAUAAAUUGUUUCCUGUUAAUGUUUACAUGGUUGGAGAGCUUUGUUUGCAAAAUAUGGAGUCAAAGGAUACUAAAAAGGGAAUGGUUGCUCAUGAACAUUACAUAGAUAUCAAGUCGCUCAUUAAAAGUACUGAGAUAUCACAAGGUAACUGUGUUGAGUGUCAAGGACCAACAUCGAAAAUGUGCCAACAAUGCGACCAAAUUCUCUGUGACAAUUGCUUCAAGAAGUCUCAUAGGAACUUUGCCAUUUUUAAAAACCAUGUUCUACAAAACAUUGAUGUCGCAAAACAAAAAAAUACCUGCAAUAUCCAUAAAGAUAAACCCCUGGAUUAUUAUUGCAAGGACUGCGCAAAAUCAAUUUGUAUUAAUUGUAUGAUGGUGGGCGGAGACAAGUUCUGUAAAAACCAUGAUGUAACUUCCAUACAAGAAGUGAAUGAAAACUUCUUAUCUGAGAUUGCUGAUCUGACUCCGAAAGUAGAUGAAAUCUUGAGGAGGCUUACUAAAACUGGUGUGGAUAUUGGAAAUUUGCUGACUAAAAUUGAAGAUGAACUAACUUCAUCUGAAUACAUGACUUUACUCAACAAUAUUGAACAACAGUUCUCAAAAAUUAACGCCAUAAUACAAAAACAAAAGGAUGAAAUUACAUUCAAGCUCUGUGAAUUGAAAAACAUUGAAAGGGAAUCUUUAGAAGAGGCAAAAAAUGAUAUCGCUAAAGGAAUUAAGAUAGCAAAGAAGACUUUGGAUACUAUCAACUCUUUGGAUCCAAUGAAAAUGAAUGAGUUGAAUAUGGCAACUGUUCUUGAAGAUGUGAAGGAAAUUAUUAACACACCAUGGUAUUUAAGCCGUGAAGAAUCAGAAAAUCCCUUAAAUUUGACAGUGAAAUCAGAUUUGUAUCCAUUACUAAGUGAUUUCAUAAAAUUGGAGGGGGACGCUUCUCCCAAAUACGAACUGCAGUCUACUAGUGAGCUAUUAAAAUACAUUGAAGUUAUACCGGCAGCACCUACCUCGAUUGUGUAUCCUCCGGAACUGAUUAAGGAUGUGCGGCAGCUUAACAAACGGAAUCCCACAGAAGAGAAUAUAAAACAGCAAACAUUUAUCAAGGAAAUACCAAAGUAUCGCAGCAGUAAGGGUGGGUCAUGUACAUCACUGAAUUCCAUUAACAGUGACUCUUCGCAUAAAAGUUAUCUAUGUUAUGAACAGCGUCGACCUCCUGUGGAACACGUGGCGCCAUUCCCGGACAGUCAACACCCUAAACAACUCUAUGAAGGCUCCCAAGAAUUGAUAUACGUAUCACACAUUGUGGAUCCGCACAAUUUGUACGUACAGCGAGCUUGCCAACAGGGCAAGGUGCAAGAGUUGCUCCGGGAGUUCCGGAACGCCGUGUCCAUGCCAAAGCCCUCGAUCAAACAUAUCGCUGAAGGCAAAGUUUACUUAGUUUACAUAAAAGCUGACAACUUGUGGCAAAGGUGCCGCAUCGUAAGCAUCGACAGAAAGGAAUCCGACAAUCCCCAAAUCAAUGUCUUCUGUGUUGAUUUUGGAAGCACUGAAGUGGUCUCGAUUAAUAAAUUGCGACUCCUGCCGCCAGCUCAUAUCCAAUCGCAACCUCCUAUCGCCAUCAACUGCACUCUAGCUAACUGCGAGCCUAUUAACGGUACCUGGACCAGCGACGAUUCCUUCCUCGUCCAGAACAUUAUUGACAAUAAGCGUGCCGUAAUUCACAUUCGCCAAAUUCGUUCUGCCGCUAACGGCACAAUUAACUUGGUGUGCGAUAUUACAACCUUUGAAGACGGGGUAAGCCUUGCGCAUGCCCUAGCCUUUCAAGGACGCGCGCGCAUUCCUAAAAACCUGUCGUACCCGAAAAUGAUGGGUCUUACUGAGAAACCGAAACUGUUUAUGAAUAGUAAUGAUUACAAACGAAAUUCUGUAGAACAAGUAUUCAUAACACACAUAAUAAACCCGGAUAAUUUCUUCGUUAGAAAGCAACACCACCAAGAGCUCUUCCAAAAGUUGUGUGAAGAUUUAGACCAAGAAUACUCUAUGAGUGUUAACAGGGGAUCUGUUUACUUGCCUGAAAAGGACAUGGUGUGCGUGGUCAACGUGGGGAAGUGCGGACUGGGCAACGAGGUGUUGGGAGAUUGGGCACGCGCCGUGGUGCUCGAAUUGCCGGGCCGCGGGCGGGUUCGCCUUCUUCUGCCCGACAUCGGCGCACAAGUAUUGGUGCACUGGGCCUUGCUGCGCCGCAUACACUCCAAGUUCACCACGCUCAAGGCGCUCGCAACAGAGUGUCACCUAGCCGGUGUGACAGCCCCUAAUAAGAAAUGGAGUCCGGGGUCGGUGCUACUGCUACAACAGUUUAAAGACAAAAUUUUAGAGUUGCACGUUGAAGAAAGUCGCAUACGUGGAUCUCUUGGAGUCACGCUUUAUGACACAUCAGAUGGGGAUAAUGUUGUCUGUAUUAACGCGCAGAUGAUUAAAAACAAAUUCGCUUAUACGUUUGGAAUGUAUAUGUUCAACGAAAACUCUGAAAAGGACGAAUUAGUUUACGACAACAAGUCGCCAUUAAGCGAACCGAAACCUACACAUAAACCCAAAGAUAAUAGUGAAAUAACUAUAUUGAAGAAACCUAAAUCGAAACCUCAGCAACCGAAGGAGGAGGACUUAGAUGCGAAAGAUAAAGGACCGCUCAGAAUAGAAGCCAAGGUUUUAAAUUACCAAUCGCCAUGGCUCAUUUAUGUAUCCCUGGUACAUCAGCAAAAAGUAUUCAAUGAGCUUUUCGAAAACAUACAAAUGUAUUACUCCAAAAAGAAAACUCAAGGCAAGGAAGAUUGGAAAGUCUCUGACCGAUGUUGCACAAUGUGCAUACAGUCGCAGACUUGGCGCCGCGCUGCCAUCCUCGAGAUCGACGGUGGCAAUGCCAAAGUAUUCUACUCUGACUUCGCUUGCGUCGAAACGGUGCCUGUAUCUGACUUGAGAGAACUUCCUCCAGAGUUCGCGUCCGUAGGCGACGCCGCUAUUAUGUGUCACUUGUGUGGUGUGAUUCCCGCCGUCGGUGACGAAUGGCCAUCCAUAACAAAGGAAUUCCUAAAAGAACUACUGGACGUGUACCCACGAGUAUUUAUCACUAAAGUCGGCAAGUUCAAGGACAAAAGUAUGCCCGUAGAAUUGUGGGUCUAUCAUACGAUUCAAGGUGGCGCUCUAGAGCCCAACACUUCGGAGUGGCGAUGCCUAAAUAAAAAGAUCAUAGAACAAGGAUUAGGGAUUCCUGAUAAAUGCAUGCAGUCAGUCGGAGCCAGUGAUGUUAACACUGCCAAUAAUGGAGAUGAUAUGCUAUCAUUUUUAAAUAUAACGGGAUCUGUACGUGAUUGGCUACAAAUUGAACCAAUGCCCAUGAAACCACUCAAGGUUCAACGUCAAGAGUCUGAAAGCAAUAACAGUCAAUCGUCCACACCAUUGCACAUAAACGAAGAAAAUAAAGAAGAACCUAACAGUUCAGACACAAUAUUCAUAUCUGACUGGUUGCCCGCUGAGCCAUUACCGUGUAUUGAAUUCACAGCUAUGCCAACCUUUAUCGACAAUAACGGCGUGAUUUACCUCCACGAUAUAUCACAGCAAGACACACUGGACUUGAUUCGCAAGGCGCUAGACGUACGUUUUAAAAGCCCUGAUCCUAAGGCAAAGUUCGUCAAAUGGACUGUCGGCGAGCCUUGCGUCGCUCUGUUCUUCUUGGACAAUCGUUUUUAUAGAGGCAGAGUUAUAGAAGUCAACGAUGAAACAUCGAGUUGUCUCAUACACUACAUAGAUUACGGCAAUGAAGAGAUGUGCUCCUUCGAAAAUCUAAGAAAGAGCAUCGCCCUUCAUCAGAUACCAAUACAAGCGCACAAGUGUGUCCUGGAUCGCAUUAAGCCUAUUGGAAAAAAUUGGGAUAGGACUACAUUAGACUACAUUCAUAAGUCCAUUGUAGAAAAGCAAUGCUACGUCAAAGUGAGUGGCAAGCCAAUAGGAGAUCUUAUACCUAUAGAUCUCAAAUAUGACAAACUUUGGGUAAACGAUCACCUCGUCGAUUUCGAAUUGGCGGAGUACAAAGAUGGCACCAAAGCUGUCGUUCGAAAAUUUGUCCCAACUGCUAAAGAAAUUGUGAAGAUAGAUGAACCAAUAGAAUCUGACUCCGGACCUGACUACAUUGUCGAAUCUGAUGAUUAUCUAGACCAGUCUUCCGAUUCCCAAAUGUCAGUUCAGGUGAGAUGCUUAGAUCUAGAAGGCAAAGACUGGAAUGACGUCAUGGAGGAAAAUGAAAUCGAAUCUAACAUCGGAAGAUUUGUUACUUUCCCAUCUUUUACUGAUACUGAAUUCCUGUGUAACAUAACAGUGUUGUACGAAAUAAAUAAAUUGGAACUGAGCGUUAUACAUGAUCAUGAAACUACCGUGCUGUACGAGAAAAUGGGUGCACAACUGCAAUUGGAAAGUAACGAGAGUUCUUUGAAUGGUGUAUAUGAAAAUAAAGCAUGUUUAGCUCUAUUCCCGGAAGACAAACAAUGGUACAGAGCAAUGAUCUUACAAUACAGUGCAAUCAAAAAACUAAUAAAAGUAAAAUAUGUUGACUAUGGGAAAAUAGAAGUUAUAUCUUUGAACCAUGCGAGAGAAAUUAGCGAUGAAUAUUUAAAGUUGCCAACUGCAACCGUUACGGCUACUUUACAUGGUGUUAAGGUUAACCCUAGCCUUGAUGAGAAAUCCGUGGCCGAUAAAUUCACGAAAACAUUUUUGGAUAAAGACGCGUUCCAUGUUAAAGUCAUCACACCUCAAGUCAUCCCAAGUGUUGAACUAAGAGAUAUAGACGGAAAAUUAAUAUAUGAGAAUUUAAUAGAAGAAGAAGUGCUUUUGAAGUGUGAUUAAGUUUAUUCCAUUUUUUUUAUUUAGAUGAUCAACAUUUAAGUCUUUUUCCUCUUUAUUUGUUAUUGUUCUAUAGCACAUACUUGCUGACAUAGAAAACAAAGUUUUUCAGUACUUCUCAAUCGUAGUAUUGUUUUUUUUUUUAAACUUAGUGUCAGUAUAUGUCACCCAGAAUAUAUCACCCAGAAUAUGUUUAAUUAUUCUCAAAUAUUGUGAUUUUCUAGUUUCAUCACACAACUGUUUAUAAUCGUUAGAAUUAACUUUUUUCGUUAUAUACCAUUCCAAAUAUAAAACGGCUAUUAA